AACUCAGCUCUACUUCUUGGCCCUCGUGGUUGCGGAAAAGUUGCGAUUUUAGAGAUGGUUAUCAAGGAUUUACUGCAAGAAUAUCCAGACACGAUCUGUGUGAUUAAACUGAAUGGACUAUUGCAUAGCGAGGACAAUUGUGCUUUGAAGGAAAUUGCAAGGCAGUUAUGUAUAGAAAAUCAAUUGGUUUUCUCAAAGAUGGCAUCAUUUGACGAUAACUCCCAGUUUGUGAUAGCCAUGUUAAGGGAAUGUGGAUUGGCACAUAAAACAAUUAUCUUUGUGUUGGAUGAGUUUGACCUUUUUACACAGGGUAAACAACGAUUACUCUAUAGCUUGCUAGAUGCAAUGCAGUCUGUAACUUCACAAGCUGUUGUCGUUGGUGUGAGUUGUAGAUUGGAUGCUGAUCAACUCUUAGAGAAGAGAGUAAGGUCUCGUUUCUCGCAUAGAAAGCUGUUGUUCCUACCCCCUUCGCGGGAAGACUUGCAAAAAAUUUUGCAGCAUGCUUUACUACUGCCAACAGAGUCAAGCCUUCCUCCUCACUAUGUAGCUGCUUAUAACAAAAAGCUUCUUAAUACUUUGUCGGAUGACAAAUUCAAAGACAUCAUUGAUUCAUUAUGCAAUUUUGAUGCAACCUUUAACCAUCUAUUGAGAUUUCUGUUUGCUUCUGUGUGCCAUAUGGAUACAAAAUCUGGAUUUUUAUCACUUGAUAACUUUAAAACAGCACUAUCAAGUAUUCAACGGCAACCCAAGUUGGAAGCCUUGCAAGAUUGCUCCAUUUUAGAGCUAUAUAUACUUGUUUGCUUGAGGAGGUUGGAAGGCAAAGAGCAAGAGACAACUAACUUCAAUUCAGUAAUGAAAGAGUAUAAAGACGUACAUAAUUCGUUCCAAACAACAGACUAUUAUGCACGGAAUGUAUGCCUACGGGCAUUUGAACAUCUUUUACAACGUCAAUUGAUCUCCUUGGUUGACAACAGAGGGCACAGCCAAUCUGUUGAGUUUCGUCCGGUGAGGCUUUUGAUCUCAUCACAUGAACUACAUCAGGGACUGAAAGCAUACCGUUCCUGUCCAGCAAUUCUUCAUAAACUACUUGACCUUGCAGUGUGAAGUCAAAGCCCCAUAUGUUGUAUUAUUUCAUCAGAUUUUUUUUUUUUUGUAAAAUUAGAGUAAUUUUAAUAUAAAAAGAAUUCUACAAUUU